CUGCCCCCCCCCCCGUCCACUGGCAUCCGUCAAGAAAAGAUUUAACUCCCCGUCUCUGUUCUAACCUCGACUGCCACACCUGUCUGCCACAAUGCCAUCCGCCGUGCCUGUCAACGGGACUUCCACCGCCGCCGCCGCAUCCUCCGCCAAGGGUGACACUCUAUCUGCAAAUGACAACAUCCGUCGUUUCGCAGCUCCCAGCCGGCCAUUGAGUCCUCCUGCCGCCCAUCUCCUCUUCCACCCCAAGACACGAUGCUUCGUCUACGGUCUGCAGCCUCGUGCUGUGCAGGGCAUGCUCGAUUUCGACUUCAUUUGUAAGCGCAAGACUCCCUCUGUCGCCGGCAUCAUCUACACCUUCGGCGGCCAGUUCGUGAGCAAAAUGUACUGGGGAACGAGCGAAACCCUUCUCCCCGUCUACCAGUCGGUAGAGAAAGCCAUGGCUAAGCAUAGCGACGUUGACACCGUUGUCAACUUCGCCUCGUCCCGAUCCGUGUACAGCUCAACCAUGGAAUUGAUGGAGUGCCCUCAGAUCAAGUCCAUUGCGAUUAUUGCUGAAGGUGUCCCUGAGCGACGUGCCCGAGAAAUUCUGUACGUUGCCAAGAAGAAGGGCAUCACCAUCAUCGGCCCGGCCACCGUCGGUGGUAUCAAGCCGGGUGCGUUCAAGAUUGGCAACACCGGUGGUAUGAUGGACAAUAUUGUGGCCUCCAAGCUUUACCGCCCUGGCUCUGUCUCUUAUGUCUCCAAAUCCGGUGGCAUGUCCAACGAGCUGAACAACAUUAUUGCAAACACCACGGAUGGUGUUUUGGAGGGUGUUGCCAUUGGUGGUGACAGGUAUCCUGGAACCACCUUCAUCGACCACGUCCUGCGAUACCAGUCCGACCCCGAUUGCAAGAUCAUUGUGCUCUUGGGUGAGGUCGGUGGUGUGGAGGAAUACCGAGUGAUUGAGGCGGUUAAGUCUGGCCAAGUUACCAAGCCAAUUGUCGCCUGGGCCAUCGGAACUGUUGCUGGUAUGCUCAAGACUGAGGUCCAGUUCGGUCACGCUGGUUCUUUCGCGAACUCUCAGCUCGAGACUGCUGCUAUGAAAAACAAGACCAUGAGGGACGCCGGCAUUUUCGUGCCGGAGACCUUCGAGGAGAUGCCAGAUGUGCUCGCCCAAGUUUACCAGAAAUCGGUCAAGGAGGGCACCAUCAAGCCUAAGCCAGAACCUGUCGUUCCCAAGAUCCCCAUCGACUACUCCUGGGCACAAGAGCUCGGUCUCAUCCGAAAGCCUGCCGCCUUCAUCUCCACUAUCUCCGAUGACCGUGGGCAAGAGCUCCUUUAUGCUGGUAUGCCCAUCUCUGAGGUGUUCAAGGAUAGCAUUGGCAUUGGUGGUGUCAUGUCAUUGCUUUGGUUCCGUCGCCGCUUGCCCGACUAUGCUAGCCGCUUCCUGGAGAUGGUGCUCAUGUUGACCGCCGACCACGGCCCAGCCGUGUCAGGUGCCAUGAACACCAUUAUUACCACCCGUGCUGGUAAAGAUCUUAUCAGCGCGUUGGUCUCUGGUCUUUUGACCAUCGGCUCGCGAUUCGGUGGUGCUUUAGACGGUGCCGCCGAAGAGUUCACCAAGGCCUACGACAAGGGUCUCAGCCCUCGUGACUUCGUUGACACGAUGAGGAAAGAGAACAAGCUCAUCCCUGGUAUUGGCCACAGGAUCAAGUCCCGAAACAAUCCUGAUCUCCGUGUCGAGCUCGUUAAGGAGUAUGUCCAUAAGAACUUCCCCAGCUGCAAGAUGCUCGACUAUGCUCUCGCUGUGGAGACUGUGACGACGUCCAAGAAGGACAACCUGAUCCUCAACGUUGACGGCUGCAUUGCUGUCUGCUUUGUUGAUCUCAUGCGCAACUGCGGUGCUUUCUCCGCCGAGGAGGCCGAGGACUACCUCAAGAUGGGUGUACUCAACGGUCUGUUCGUGCUCGGCAGGAGUAUCGGUUUGAUUGCCCAUUUCCUUGACCAGAAGAGGCUGAGGACAGGCCUGUACAGGCAUCCUUGGGACGACAUCACCUAUCUCCUCCCAACUCUGCAGCAAGGCGGUGCACCAGGAGCGGAGGGUCGUGUCGAGGUCACCAUGUAAUUUGGGUUUGGAAAAGGGGUCAAUAUCCGGAUUCUAGGUUUUUGUUGUUGGGCCUGGAAGGCGUUUUCAACCUUUCUGUCGUGUGCAUCGGCGUGUUCGAGAAGUCCCAGUCAGUGUAGCAUUAGUCGUUCAAUGGGCGGAGUAAAGAAAUGCCUAUUCUGUUUAGAGCAUCGUUUCUUUUGCUCUUGGGUUGGUGAUAGUGGUUGUGCAUAGCUAGGUACGAAGUUUAUGAAGUUGUAAUAUUUUAAAA